UUAGUGCCAAGUGCCAAUACUCCUCCUUAAUUGAUGAUGGAACGAGAAACAUCAUUUACCUUAGGUUUCUUAAUUCUGAUCAUUCUCAACUUGGCUGCUACAAGAGUUGUGAGUACUGUUACUGAUUAUCAGUAUACCAGAAGUGAUUUUCCAGUUGAUUUUGUUUUUGGUUCAGGAACCUCUGCAUAUCAGGUGGAAGGUGCUGCUAAUGAAGAUGGAAGAACUCCUAGCAUUUGGGAUACCUUUGCCUAUGCUGGGUAUGCGCAUGGAGAAAAUGGAGACGUAGCUUGUGAUCAGUACCACAAAUAUAAGGAAGAUGUGCGGCUCAUGGUGGAAACAGGCAUUGAUGCCUAUAGAUUUUCAAUUUCUUGGUCGAGGCUAUUACCAAGUACAAAUGGCAGAGGACCUGUCAAUCCCAAAGGAUUACAGUACUACAACAAUCUCAUCAAUCAACUCAUCAUCAAUGGAAUUCAAGCACAUGUUACACUACAUAACUUCGAUCUUCCACAGGCUCUUGAAGACGAAUACGAAGGAUGGGUUAGUCGUGACAUCAUAGGAGACUUCACAUACUACGCGGAUGUGUGUUUUAGAGAGUUUGGUGACAGAGUAUUGUAUUGGACCACUGUGAAUGAGCCCAAUGUAUUUGCCUUAGGUGGUUAUGAUAAGGGAAAUGCACCACCUAACAGAUGUUCUCCUCCUUUUUGUGCUACUAACAGCACAAGAGGCAAUUCUACAUUUGAGCCUUACUUAGUACUUCAUCAUAUUUUGUUAGCCCAUUCUUCUGUUGUCAGAUUAUACAAGACUAACUAUAUGGAUCAACAAGGCGGAUUUGUUGGUAUAUCUGUCUACACACUUGCAUACACACCUCAAACAAAUUUAGAACAAGACAAGGUAGCAACUCAAAGAGCCCGUGAUUUUUUUAUUGGUUGGAUUGUGGAACCCUUGAUCCAUGGAGACUAUCCCAUUUCCAUGAAGAGAAAUGCAGGUGCAAGAAUUCCAACCUUCACAAGUAUUGAAUCCAAACAAGUUAAGGGUUCAUAUGACUUUAUUGGCAUAAUUCACUACACCAAUGUUAAUGUCACUGAUAAUUCUGGCGCCCUAAACAUCAAACUCAGAGAUUACACUCAAGACAUGGCUGCAAAUAUAAUCUAUAGAGAAGAUAUGUUUUCAAACGACGAGUACUCUGUGACACCAUGGGGUUUACAAGAAGAACUCGAUAUAUUCAAGCUUCUUUAUGGCAAUCCUCCAAUAUUCAUUCUUGAAAACGGUCAACGAACAGCAAGUAAUUCGUCAUUGGAAGACGUGUCAAGGGUGAAAUACUUACAUGGAUAUAUUGGUGCCGUGCUUCAUGCCUUGAGAAAUGGAUCAAAUGUAAAAGGGUAUUUUGCAUGGUCGUUUAUGGAUGUGUUUGAGUUAUUGGAUGGAUACAGAUCGAGUUAUGGACUAUACUAUGUGGAUCAUAAUGAUCCGGAGUUGAAGAGAUACCCAAAACUCUCGGCGAAAUGGUACAAACGGUUUUUGAUGGGUAUUGAACUUGACAACGAUCCAUCAAUAACAGCAUGACACCUAUGUGCUCCUAAGGCAUAACAAAUCUCUUAAGUUUUUAUUGUCUCAGAAUUGGAUACUCAUUUAAGACCUCUCUUGUGGGCAUUAAAUUGUGAUUACCGCUUUGAUAACAAAUCGAUCCAUAUAACUGAUAUUCUUAAUGACAAUUAUUGUGUUUGAUGUUCUUUUAAUUCAUUUUUUGUUGGUUGAUAUCAAA